AUGCAGACUCCGAUGACUGUGAUCCCAGCUUCCAUCUCUUGGCUGAGGGCCCAGGCCUCAUCCUGCUGGAACAACAUCACACCACUGCUCAUCUCUCUCUUACUGCUGGCCCUGCUGUUUGAUUAUGUGAUGUACAGGAAGAGAAGCAGUCGCUGUCCACCAGGACCCACCCCUCUGCCUUUCCUUGGGAAUUUGCUGACAGCGGAUUUCAGGCAUCCACAGACCACUCUCCAAUGUUGGAUGAAGAAGUAUGGAAUGGUAUUCUCAGCCCAGGCUGGAUGGCAGAGAUAUGUCGUACUGAAUGGGUUCAAGGUGAUAAAGGAGGCACUGGGAGCAAAAGCUGAGGAUUUUGUUGACCGGCCACAUCUACCGCUGUUGAGUCUAGCAGGAUACACAAAAAACUGUGGAGGACUAUUACUGGCAACGUGUAGCGCUGGCUGGAAGGAGCAGAGGAAAUUCUGUGUCUCCACCAUGAAAAACUUUGGGAUGGGGAAGAAAUCACUUGAACAGAAGAUAUCUGAAGAAGCUGGAUAUUUAUGUUCUGAAUUCAAAUCACAAGAAGGCUGUCCCUUUAACCCAAGUGAACUUAUGAACAAUGCAGUCGGCAAUAUUGUCUGCAUCCUAACAUUUGGUGACCGCUUUGACUACAAUGAUGUGACCUUCCUAAAGCUAAUGCAUUUGACUGAGGAUAUUAUGAAGACACUGACCAGAUGCAUGCCUCAGAUUCUUUCUAAAGUAUCUUGGUUGUCCUUUGUUCCUGGACCUCACCAGAAGAUAAGGAAACUCUAUAAUAAUAUUAGUGCCCUAAUAAAAGAAAUUGUGAAUGAACAUAAAAAAACAAGGGAUCCCACACUUGCAAGAGAUUUGAUUGACGCAUUUCUGGAGGAGAUGGAAAAGGUGAAAGGGAAUCCAGAGAGCAGUUUUAAUGAGCAAAAUCUUAUCAAACUUAUUUUUGACCUGUUUAUGGCUGGCACUGAAACAACUUCUUCUACCAUUCUCUGGGGGCUACUGAAUUUAGUCCUUCACCCUGAGGUCCAAAAAAAGGUCCAGGAAGAAAUUGAGGAAGUGCUUGGCAGGGACAGACCACCCAUGAUGGAGGACCAGACAAAUCUGCCUUAUACUAAUGCUGUGAUCCACGAAAUCCAGCGGUGUGCUGAUAUUGUACCUGUUGUACUUCCUUAUGUAAUACACCAAGAUGUUCAAAUUGACAAGUUUGUCAUCCCUAAGGAGACUGUAAUCCUCAAUCACUUGUCUUCUUUGCUGAAAGAUGAAACCAUGUGGGAGAAGCCUCACCAGUUUUACCCUGAGCACUUCCUAGAUGCCAAUGGGCAGUUUGUCAAGAGAGAGGCCUUCCUCCCUUUCUCUACAGGUCGCCAUUCCUGUCCUGGAGAACCACUGGUUAGAAUGGAGCUCUUCAUCUUCUUCACCAGCCUCCUGCAGCGUUUCACUUUCUGCAUUCCUGAGAACCAUCCCAGACCCAAAGAAGACAGGGUCUUUGCUCUCACAGUCGCUCCACCCCCUUUCGAUAUCUGUGCCAUCCCUAGAUAA